UUAUAUUUUCUUCCUAAAGUGAAAAUGUAGCCUUCAAAGAUCAUGAGUCAAAAUUCCUGAAGGAUGGAACAAGGGAAGUGAGUAUUGCUAUACAAGUUACCUGGGACAGCAUGCUAGUAAUGCAUGCACCAGUGACAAUCAGAUUUAAACCUGGUGAUCAAGGCUUAGUUAUGGAAGUGACCUCCUUGUUCUUUGAUGAUCCUCCAGCUCCAACCGGAGAACCUGGGAAGCCUUUUGAUGGACUUUGGGACUAUGAAGUGGUUGAAUCCUUCUUUCUGAACAGUGCUACAAGCAAAUACCUGGAAGUUGAACUUUGUCCGCAUGGUCAGCAUCUUGUAUUACGGCUCUCUGGAGGAGAUUGUCUUGAAAAAGGACUUGAGUUGGCAUUUAAAGCAGAUAUAAACUGGGGCAACUGGAAUGGCACAGCAAUUAUUCCUUGGGACUAUUUCCCCCCCAGUGUAGACAAAAUGAAUUCAUAUGCAAUCCAUGGAUCUGGGAUUGGCAGAGUAUAUGAGGCGCUUUAUCCAAUACCACAGGAAGAGAUUAAAGAGGGGCAAGGACCUAAUUUCCAUCUUCUAGAAUAUUUCAAAGAUUUCCGCCUAAAGGACAUAAUGGGAGAGGACUGGAAUCAACCUCCAUCAGAUCGGUGGAAAUAACGUCAGUCACAUCAAAGACAUCAAGAAAACACAGCUCAUGAAAUACACAAUAGAUUCCUAA